AUGAAGGAGAAUUUGGAAUUUCCUUUAAUAAAUGUUUAUGGGCCUACAAAAACUAUAGCUAAGCCUCAUGUUUGGAAUGUUCUUUCAAACAAAAUUUAUGAUCUGAGGAGUGAUAGGAUAGUUGUGGUACGCGAUUUUAAUGCUUUGCCUAAUUUAGACGAGAAGAAGGGAGGCUUGAGAAUGUCAAAUAAGGUUAUGGAAGAUUUCCGCAAUUUUGUUGCACAGAAUCAUUUGAUUGAUGUUGUUCCGAAGAAUGGUCUAUUUACAUGGACUAAUCGAAGGGCCAAUUUCCAACAUAUUUCGGAAAGAUUGGACAGACAUCUCAUUGGAGAAUUAUGGAUGGAGUCGUCUUUUCAGGUAGAGGCAUCCAUUCUCCCAAUAUCUCUAUCAGAUCAUUUUCCUGUGGAGCUUAAGUUGAGUGAGGCUCCAUCUCAAGGAAGCAACAAUUUCAAAUUUUUGAGCAUGUGGCGGAGAGAUGGUGAGUUCAUUUCACAUCUCGAGCAAUGGUGGAAAGAGAGUAAUAUAUUUAGGGGAACCCCGAGUUAUAGCUUUGUGAAAAGAUUGAAAUUCUUAAAGGAGAAGAUUAAAGUUUGGAACAAAGAUACUUUUCAAAAUAUAUUUGCAGAAAGAGAUCGAGUUGAGGAAGAACUAUCUUUAUUAAAUUCUAUCACUUUCACUUCUGAGAUGUCUAAUGAUGCGUAUCACAAAGAAAUAAAUCUUAAGAAGGAAUUGGCAGAAAUACUUUUUAGAGAGGAAAUAUAUUGGCAUGAUAAAUCCAGAGAGUUAUAG